AUGAAAUUGAGAGGUACGCUUGAAAGUCUUAACUUCUCAUCACUUCAAAACAUUCUCACUCUUGAUCUUUGUGUCAACCUCUUGACUGAAAAUUUGUCUAACAAUGUUCUUAAUGGUACUAUUCCUAAAGAAAUUGGCAACUUAUCGAACAGAAAUUGGAAUGAUGAGAUCUUUGUAGAAAUUGAUUUGUCAGAUAAUGAUUUGUCUGGUAAAAUUCCACCUACAAUUGGAAACUUGAGCCAUUUAAAAUAUAUUGGAUUUCAUAAAAACCAUCUCAGUGGGACAAUUCCGACAGAGUUGAAUAUGCUUGCUAAUUUGAAAGCAUUUAAUGUAUAUGAUAACAAUUUCAUUGGUCAGUUUCCUCAUAACAUUUGCCAAGGUGGAAACUUGAAAUAUAUUGCUUCCUCCCAGUACCAUUUUAUAGGGCAUGUUUUGAUGAGUUUGAACAAUUGUUCUAGCCUUAUUAGACUUAGGCUUGAAAAAAACCACUUUGAUGGAAACAUAACAGAUGAUUUUGGUGUAUGCCCAAAUUUGAAGUUCAUGGGAUUGGAUGACAAUAACUUUUAUGGCCACCUUUCAUCCAACUGGGGAAAGUGUCAUAACUUGACAGACCUUCACAUCUCCAGAAAUAAUAUAUCAGGUUAUCUACCUCCCGAACUCGGUGAAGCAACAAACUUAUAUUCAAUUGACUUAUCAUCAAACCAUCUAACUGGAAAAAUUCCAAAGGAGAUAGGCAACUUGACUAUGUUGGGUAGACUCUAUUUAAGAAACAACCAUCUUUCUGGUAAUGUUCCGGUACGAAUUGCAUCGUUAAAGGGACUUGAAACCUUAGUUGUUGCAGCAAAUAAUCUAAGUGGUUUCAUCCCAAAACAACUUGCCAUUUUGCCCAGGUUAUUGAAUCUAAGUUUGAGCCAUAAAAAAUUCAUUGGAAAUAUUCCUGAUGAGUUUGGACAAUUUAAAGUCCUUGAAAGUCUUGAUCUCAGUGGAAAUGUUUUGAAUGGAGCUAUACCACCAAUGCUUGGAAACCUGAAACGCUUAGAAACAUUGAAUAUUUCACAUAACAAUCUUUUUGGACAGAUCCCUUCUUCCUUUGAUCAGAUGAUUAGUUUGUCCUUUGUUGAUAUAUCAUAUAACCAAUUGGAGGGUCCACUUCCAAACAUGCGAGCAUUCAAUAACGCUACAAUUGAAGUGUUGAGAAAUAAUACAGGCUUGUGCGGUAAUGUUUCUGGUUUGAACCCUUGGAAAAUCUCAAGCAGUGGGUCUCAUUAUCAUAAGAUUAAGAAAUUGAUCUUAUUGAUAUACUCAAUCAAUUUGAAUGAAUGA